AUGCCUUUUCUCGAGCGUUUCGAGCCGACACUCAGCGAUGUCUUGGUCGUGCGCGCCAUGCUGUCCCAAGCUGUGAUUCUGCCAGAGCUUGUCGGGAACAUCUUGGACUACGCCGAGUAUUGGGCUCGAUCAUCUACCAAAGCUCGCCCGCAAUUUUCUGUUCAUGCAGAACAAGUUGGUAGUGGUGAAUUUGACUUCCAAGGGUCCAUUUUCUUGCUACGAUCCUUUCCUAUCGGGCUCACGCACGACGUGAUUGGCAAUGAAGACGGCGGCUUUCUCCGCAGAUUUUAUCAGACCGAAGGAAUUGCCGCAUGGCCUGUUGAGGAAGAAUACGAUCGAGAGUUUUUUCAACAGCUGAUUAGAAACACUUCUACGCAUAGCAACCCCGUGCGGAAAAUCGUCUUUCGCAUCCGCAGCCACGACCAAGGAUGGACCACAGACGAGAGGACGGGCCCAUUUAUCGAUGCCAAAACUUGGUUCGAAGCUGGUAUUGAGAGAUUCGAUGCUAGCCAUGAGUGUAAUCGAUGCCCAGAUAUAAAGACUCUACCAGUUUGCAAGCUAAGAGCAGUCGAGCCCAAGCCGGAAAAUUCAGUUAGCCGUCAAGGUGUUGCUGGGUAUCGCUAUGGACAUUCGCCCUGGAAAGGCCCCCGGGAAAUCCUGCGCAAUAAAGUGGCCUCUUCGGAAUGGACAGCCCGCGAGGUGACUUGGACUUGCUGGGACGUCGUCGCUCCAGGCUCGAAAGAAGCGCAGCAAGCGAUGGAGGAGGGCAAAGGGCAGAUGGACGGCGACGGCCAAUUCGUGCGAAGUCUCAAACUGGGCGAUGUGGUCACGGUGUGGGGGAGGGCAAUGCAUCGCGGAUGGGUGAAUGUGGUAGACACGGUCGAGAUGGACGUUUAUUGGGCACUUUAG